AUGGUCGUGGCAGUAAAUGCCCCGCCGCAUAGUUUUCUACCAUCAGAAUUGCCAUCGUUAUUUAUUGGUACUAGUUCUGCGAACCACAGCCAGCUCUCGGCAUCUUCAUCGCUACCACUAGAGGGCCUCCGGCCGUCUCAAAAGCAGCGGCGGAAAGGUUUCAGAGGAAAGGUCGUCAGCUAUCACCAUGACACUUCUCUUCGUUGCUAUCAUAAGCUAAAACCCAUCAUCAGCAGCACCACCACCACUUGCUCCACCGCCUCCACAGUAUCGACAGUAACCGGAGAAAUAAAGGAGUUGUUGGAGGUGACAGAGAUAAAAGAGAGGUGCAAGAAGUGGCAGUGGAGAGGCCACAGUAUCAAUUACUUGAUUUACCAGGGGAAAGAUUAUGAAAAACUCAACUACGACGAUAAGCCCUCUACAAAUUUGAAUCCUCCUCUACUUCUUGUUCACGGUUUCGGUGCCUCCAUUGCUCAUUGGCGAAGGAGCGCUGAAGCAAUUGCAGCAGCUCCGGCACCCAUUGAUGUCAAUUCACGAUUUUAUGUUAUAGAUUCCUUGUCAAUUUCUCCCCUUGUUCCUUUUCUCUUUGGCAGCUCACAUGGGAUACAUUGCAUUCUCUUCAAUCUUGUAUAAGGAACACUGAACACCAACCCAAUCUCGAUUAAAAGAAAGAAAAUAUUGCAACUACAACAACCUUUGAAACAAACGGAGUAAUUCUUCUACUGACCUCAUUUUCCUCUAGAGUAGAAUUUUUCUCUCAUUCAACAUCUAAUUUUCUGGUCAGAUUCUUUUCUUUUUGCUUUAUUGCUCUUCUUUGAGUGGUAUUUGUGUGCACGCGGCGAUUUCUGGUCAAUUCU